AUGGAGCCUAACUGUAGGUGUGGAACAGCUGCUGCUUUGAAGACAUCGUGGACUGAUUCUAAUCCGGGGAGGCGAUUCUGGGGAUGUAUGAGAUUCAAGGAUAACAGAAGCAAUGCUUGUAACUUUCACCAAUGGUUUGAUCCACCCAUGUGUGCAAGAUCAAAAGCAAUAAUCCCAGGACUGUUGCGGCGCAUUCGAAAUCUCGAAGAUGAUGCAAAGAAAAAUGAGGCUGCAGCUGGUGUGAACAGACCCGUGAAGAGAAAAAAGUCCAUACUGGUUUUGUUGUUUGUGUUGUUAAUAGUAUGGGUGUUUGUAAGGGCAAACAAAAAUGCUUCACCUAGUGUGUUAGAACUACCCUAG